AUGGAAAUGGGCCUACUCAGCACCAAUGGGUAUGUUUUGAAGAAUAUCUUCAAAAACAGCUCUGCAGAACCACCAUACGGAUAUAUUGCUCUACAACAAAUGCCUGAUGAUCACCGUGUCACGAAAUUAUCAUUACUAAAAACGGCACGUAGACCAGUUUUUAAACGAGGAAUGGUUUGUUUUGAACGCUAUAGCGACCGUUGUCUAUCGAAGAAAAAUAAUUUCUAUGUACAAAAUAAUGUUGCUGGGGCAAGGAAAUUCCUUAAGAAGUUUUGUGACGACAGAAAGUUUCAAACUGAAUAUAACCGGCACAUAGAUUGUUUUUCUCACAUUCAAGAAGACUGGGAAAUAUGUACAAGAAACUUUCAGAAAAUUUUAACUGACGAACUUCAUGAACGAAGCCAACAAAAGAAUGUGACCAAUAAAUUUAUGCAGUUUUGCUGCGCUCGUCAUGCUUAUGAAAAUUGCAUAUACAACAGUGCCCGUUUUAAGUGCUACAAGCAUUCGGCGAAAUUUGCCAGGGAUACAGCGAAAAUGUUAUCAGAGGAAAAACUUUUCACAAAUUGCAGAAAAUUUGAAAACUUAUUAUGUGCAGCUCCCGAAAACGAUGCCAGCCGUUAUUUAAUUUUUCUUCUUGUGUUUUUAGUGAUUUGGAGGAGCGGAAGCUCCUUUAUACAAAAUAGUUAAGAGAUAUAAAAAAAAAGAAAUAAUUAUUUUUAAAGUAUAUUUAUAUACGAGUGAUGCAUUUAAAUGUAAGAUAAAUAUUUUUUAUGGGAAUAAUAAAAAAAUA